UCUCGCGAUAAUUAUAGAAUAUAAAUACAGCUGCGGUCGCCUCACACGUAGUAUCAGACAACUCAUUUACAGUUAGGAUACACUCGGAGCUAUCGGUUUUGUUAAAGCAGACAUGGCAGCAGCUGCAGUUAUCGCAAAUCAGAAUGUGGUGGAGAGGGUGACCAGCCUUCCUCUGGUGAGCUCCACCUAUGGCUUAGUGUUCAGCGUGUACUCCAACACCAAGGGCACCCACCCUUACAUCAGGACCGUGUGUGAGGCUGCUGAGCAAGGAGUCCGGACCAUCACCUCGGUGGCCCUCACCACCGCUUCACCCAUCAUUGACAAGCUGGAGCCUCAAAUUGCCAUUGCCAAUGACCUGGCCUGUAAAGGUUUGGACAAGAUUGAGAAAUCCUUGCCAAUUCUUCACCAGCCAUCUGAGCAGAUUGUUUCCAGUGCCAAGGAUGUGGUAACCAACGCUAAAGAUGUUGUGACAGGCACAGUGUCCGGUGCCAAGGAAACAGUCUCAGACACUCUGACCAGCGCUGUGGAGAAGACUCGGGGUGCGGUGCAGGACAGGGUGGACAAGACCAGGGCUGUUGUCAGCGGGAGUGUCAGCACAGUGCUGGAAAGCAGAGUGGCCCGGCUGGUCAGCACCGGAGUGGACACGGCCCUAAGCACCUCGGAGAGGCUGGUGGAGCAGUACCUGCCUCUGACAGAGGAUGAGCUGGAGCUGGAGGCAAAAACUGUGAGCGGCUUUGACAAGAAGGAGCCGAGCUACUAUGUCCGCCUGGGUUCCCUCUCCACCAAACUCCGAAAGCGGGCGUACACCAGGGCCUUGGCCAGAAUCCAAGAUGGCAAGCAGCAAAGCAGGAAAUUCAUUUCUGAGCUGAACUCCACUGUUGACCUGAUUGAAUAUGGCAAAAAGAACAUUGACGGGGCUAACCAGAUGGUAAAUGACAAGCUGAGGUCCCUGGUGGCCAGGAAGUCCAAUGGCCCAAACCAGGAGGAUGAUCACGAGGCAGAGGUAAUUGAGUCUCGCACCUUGGCCCUGGCACGUUCCCUCUCCCAGCAGCUCCAGACCACCUGUCUGGUCCUAGUCUCUAGCCUGCAGGGCCUCCCCAACCACAUCCAGCAGGAGGCACUCUCCCUCAGCCGCUCUGCCACACACAUCUACACCAGCUUCAGCAAGGCUAACGGGCUGGGAGACCUGCCACACAGUGUGCUGAGCAGCAGCAAAGUCCAGCUGCGCAAAAUGAAAGACUCCCUCGACAACGUCAUGGAUUAUCUGGUCAACAACACGCCGCUCAACUGGCUGGUUGGUCCUUUCUACCCUCGGAUGGCCCUAGAAUCGACCCACGCUCCGGCUUCUGUAGCCAGCAGCACACAAGCUACGUCCUCCUGCUCUCCCUCCACCUGUGAACAUCGAGAGGAGUCCAUGGAAGUCGAGAUGGAGUCACUACGUUCCCAGCAGCACCAGUGAUCCAUUACAACUUUCUGUUUUGAGUUUUAACAUACUCUGCUUUAUAGGUUGAUCUAAUUCCAUGUCAAACGCAAAUUUACUUUUUAGAUUAUUUUUUUAAUUCUUGCUGUAAUCACAUCACAUAAAAUGUGAGGUUGGUUAAUCCUGUGGAGAAUUUUAUAAUCUAGACAUUUACUGGUAAAACUCAAUCCAUUGCUUAUUUCCACAUGAACUGUACUGGAAUCAGAUACUUGCAUUCACUAGGUCUUUUCUCUUCCACAUUAAAAUCUGAACUUGC